GCCCCUAUAGCAAGGAGCAGCAAGAGAAGAUGGCCGCCUUAGUCAAAGAGAAUAGGGAGAGGAAAGAGCGUGAGAAGUAGGCGAAGCUAAAGGCUAUCGCAGAUGAGCGGGCGGCGAAGAUGAAGGAAGUGGACAAGGAGACGAAGAAAAAGGAGAAGGCUGCUGAAGAAGAAGCGGCAGCAGAAGAAGAGAAAGAGAGGAUGAGAAUCGAGAGUAGAGAAGGGAGUAGUGGCAUGAAGAAGGACACAGACGCUGAGAUUGAGAAAAAGAUCACCAAGUGGGUUGCUAACUUAUCGUUGGGAGAAGAUGAAGAGGUGGAGUCAUAUGUGACUGAAGAUGAGAAGGCCGCACUGGCCGCUGAGCUAGCAGCCAUGACGGAUCCUAUGGAACGAAGAGAGAGGGAAGACGAGCAGAAGUUGCAAUGGAAGUUGAGAAUGAAGAGGGAGAAGAGGAGGAGGAGAGAAGAAGUGAAUAAGAUGACCGCAGCAGUGGCAAAGGUGCAGGAGUGUAGAGCGGAGGUGCUGGCCCAGCCAGAUGAUAAGGCCAAGUGGGACAAGGUACUGGGCUACCUAGAGGUGUUGAGCAAGGCCUGGAUGGAGGAGCGCCAGGCAAGUUGGAGCCAGGAUGUAGCGUUGAGUGCCAUGCAGUCUGGUUUCAGGGAUUUUGCGCACGAAAUCGUCUCCCACAUUGGGGGCGAAGUCAAACAGUUGAGGGACAAUGUAGGAAAGUUUUGUGAAGGCGCCAUUGAAGGUGCAAAAGCCAUAGCCGUUGUAGAUGGCGAGGCCAGACCCCGUAAGGAGCCUGUCAAGCUCAAGUUCCCAGACGUGUACGGGGGAAAGAAGGAGGAGAACUUUGACAACUGGGAGGCCAGUGUCAACAGUUACAUUUAUUUACAGCAUAUCCUGAUAGAGGAGCAAGUCCUCGUGGCCUUCCAGGCCCUGAAGGACGAAGCGGCUAGCUUCGCCARGUCCCUUGCGCGCGCAGCCGGUUGUGAAAACAACCUGGUUGCAUAUUCCAAAGUCACCCCCCUCUCUCAGUUCCUCAAGCUCCUUAAGGAGCGAUUUGCUGACCCAACGCGAGGCGUCAGAGCCUCAGAUAAGUUGCAGACAAUCCACUCACAGCAGUGGAGGAGUGCCACGGCACUCAAGGGUACCAUGGACGACUUAGUAGCCGUCCCGGACCAUGGGGUCACUGAGCCCCAGCUGGUCCAGUUGUUUUAUCGUGCCAUGCCAGAGGCCCUACGCGGGCAUUUCUUUGACAARUCUCARCAGGCCRGCAUCACYUAUGAUGCAUURAGUAGAGAAGUCGUCYUGUAUGAGUCRAAGUCUAUGCYAGUUACCACUUUCUGGCAUAAGGACCURGAGAAGGGGAAGAAGUGGAAGGAUCGUACCAUCUCAGGCCAAGUCAAGGCCAAGGAUCACUUGAUCCUGACAUUAGAGGAGGGUGGUACAGACGAGGACCCAUAUGAUCAGAUUGAGUGGGGCCUAGGGGAGGAGGACAGUAGUGUAGGGCAGGGGAGGUCUUACGCUGUUGUCGCGGCUGGAGGGAGGCCGCAAGGCCCGUGCCUAGCUAGCUGUCUAGAGGCCGCCUAUGUUAGCGUCUCUUUAGGCACGUCCCUCACAGGUGUGGCAGAAGAGUUGAAGGAGAGAAUGCCAGCCUGGGCCAAGAUGAAGAAAGAGAGCAAAGGACAACUAAUCUUGAUAGACGUAGAGGUUUUUAGAAGUAGAGUAGGUGCCCUUAUAGACUCAGGGGUCACCCAUAGUUAUAUUAGCCGCAGGGCGUUGAAGAAGUUGAGGUUAGGAUUGAAAGUCCAAAAGUUGGCAGACCCCAUAGUCAGUGUCCUCGCAGACAACCGCACGAUGCGAGUUGAGGACUAUGUAGAGGGAGUCCAGGCAUACUUUGGCCUAGAGAAGGAUGGGAAGGUGGAGAAAGUUCUCCAUUCCCUGACUCUCCUCGUACAGGAUGACCUUCCUUUCGAUGUAGUGUUAGGAAUGGAUAGGGGGGAGGCAGUCGGGGCCACACUCCAUUUGAGAGAGCAUGAGUGUAGGCUCCCUAGUCCGUCAGGCGAGGUUAAGACUACCCGCCUGUUUCAUGUGUCAGGUGUAGAUAACGCCUUGGCGCAUUGCUGUCUCAGUGCUCCCACGUUCGCGCUGUUAGUGAAAAAUAAGCAAUUAGAGGAGCAGGUCUUUGUAGUGUAUGUUAGACCUGUCACCGAGGGCAAGGAAGAGGUAACUUCCACGGAUCCAACCAUAGCCAAGUUGCUAGAAGAGAUCAAAGACUUGACUGAGUUGCCAACAGGGGUAGUGUCGCGACCCAUCCAGCACAGGAUAGAGAUAGAGCUUGGCAGUACAACUCCUAAGGGUGCAGUGUACAGGAUGUCUCCUAGAGAGUUAGAGGAGCUUCACAUGCAAUUAGACGAGCUCCUUGAGAAAGGUUGGAUCAAACCCAGUUCGUCUCCUUUUGGAGCACCCGUUUUGUUUGUCUCGAAGAAGGAAGGAGAGUUGAGAAUGUGUAUAAACUAUAGGGGUUUGAAUGCGAUUACUGUGAAAAAUGCUGAGCCGCUGCCCAGGAUAGACGAUCUUUUAGAUCGGGUGCGGGGUUGUAAGUAUUUCACAAAGAUAGACUUGAAGUCCGAUUAUCAUCAGAUAGAGGUCCAUCCUGAUGAUCAGUAUAAGACUGCGUUCCGGACUAGGUUGCUGAAGAAAGAGGCAAUCUGGCAAUGGGACAAAGACUGUACAUCUGCGCUCAAGAAGUUAAAGCGCGCGUUAAUAGAGUAUCCUGUCCUCAAAGUUGCAGAUCCGUCUUUGCCAUUUGUCGUCACCAUGGACGCAAGUCAGUAUGGGAUAGGCGUCGUGUUGCAGCAAGACGACGGCAAUGGCUAUAGACCCGUAGAGUUCAUGUCAGCGAGGAUGCCCUGUGAGAAGGUUGCUACCUCCACGUACGAGAGAGAACUCGACGCUCUCAGACAGGCUUUAGACCAUUGGAAGCACUAUCUGCUUGGGAGGCACUUCAAAGUGUAUUCUGACCACGAGACACUUCGUUGGUUAAAGACAGGCAGAGAUAAACCAAUUCGACUUUGAGCUCAAACCAAUGAAGGGCAAAUACAACU